UGGGCGCGAGAAUCGGCGGGAUGGACAAAAAUCAUAACGCCAAAUGCACGUAAUAUGCAAGUAAGAUCGAGCAGCCCGCACGGUGACUAAUGAAAGUAACGUGUUAGUGUCCUCUGUUUAAUAAGGAGGAGUAACAGAACAGGGCAGAAUAGGACGUAGUGGCGCCAAUCAUCGGAGAGAUGUUUUCUACAGUGAAUGAAGCUUUUACAGAGAGAGCAUAAUGUUAUGGACUGUACAUUAAGUUAUCUCACGGGCUAGGCGACCAGCGCUAGCUAGAUGCUGCGGUGUCCCAGAAGAAACGAGUGAUGACUGACAGCGAUUUCUAUGGAUAAACAGCAUUUAAUGUGGGAUUUUAUAAAGCUGCCAAACACAGGUUCGUCUUUGAAAAGGUUCAAUAAUCCGGCCGACGGUCAUGGACAACGUGAAACCACGCAGCAAUGAUGAGGACGAAGAGUUACACUCCACAGACCCAGAGAGUAAAGAGAAAAGCAAAGAUAAAAAGACCCUGUUCAAACUGAAGUGGUCUCGAGAUGAGGAUGAAAAGCUGAAAAAACUUGUAGAGGAGCAUGGAACUGACUCCUGGAAAUUAAUAGCUAACUUUUUUCCAGGGAGGACAGAUGGUCAGUGUCAGCACCGCUGGCAGAAGGUGCUCAACCCAGAGCUUGUGAAAGGACCCUGGACAAAAGAGGAGGAUCAAAAGGUUAUCGACUUGGUACACAAGUAUGGCCCCAAGCGUUGGUCAGUCAUCGCUAAGCACCUUCAGGGAAGGAUUGGAAAGCAGUGCCGUGAGCGGUGGCACAACCACCUUAACCCAGAGGUGAAGAAGUCGUCAUGGACUCAAGAAGAGGACCGAAUUAUCUACGAGGCCCACAAACGGCUUGGCAACCGCUGGGCAGAGAUCUCCAAGCUUCUUCCUGGACGGACGGACAACUCCAUCAAGAACCACUGGAACUCCACCAUGAGGAGGAAGGUGGAGCAUGAGGGAUACCUGCAAGAUGGCUGCAAGAGUUUCACUUCCUCUCAUGCUGGAAUGAAGAGACGCCACAGCAGAACAUGUCCUCCAACUCCAACAGAGGCCCAGCACUGUGAUCGCAGUCCCCUGCCUGUGCCAGGCCCCAACCAGAUGGGGGGAUAUCCUUAUGAUCCUCACAGUGGACACUUGAUGGAAAAUCUUCUCGAUAAUUCAGGCUUCAUAUCACCAUCCUGCCUGGAUGAUCCUGACAGAGAGCAAAGAAUUAAGGAGCUUGAGCUGCUGCUUAUGUCAGCAGAGAAUGAAGUCCAGCGACAAGUGCAGUGCAGAGGUCCACGUAGCCUGGAGCAGUACUCAUCCUGGUCCGACGGUGUGUCAGAUGACACUCUGACCACAAGUGGCAGCAGCUUAGAGGGGCAGGCGGAGAGAAGGUCCUGGCAGAGCCCUGAGAUCCCCCAGGGGCCUCCAACACAACUUCCUGUCUCCCCCAGCAAGUUCCUGGCUAUAGAGGCCAGUACUGUUCUCUCUACCCUGCAGACCAUACCGGAGUUUGCAGAGACCAUGGAGCUCAUUGACUCAAUGUGUUUUGCUCUGCAGGAUCCUGUCGAAUGGAAUGACGUGGCCAGUUUCGACUUGUCAGAGGCAGCGACACCACCCAGACACAACCAGGCAGGCUACACGAAUCUCCUGCAAGAGAGGACGGUCGACAGUUCAAUGGGCUACACAGUCAACACUCCAUCUGCCCUCUCUGGUCGUGAUAAGAACUGUGCUCCUUUUGGUCCGGGAAGCGUUGCCUCCCUGACUCCUAUCAACUCAUCUAAAGCCUCCCAGGCCUCCAUUGGGAGGAGGAAGAGAAAAGAGAGGGGGGAUUCGUCUCCACUGUGCGACAGGACCUGCUCCUCCUUCUUGGAAAAUAUCUCAAAUUCUCCCAAGAAAACGCCCACAAAGUCACUGCCUUUCACCCCAUCACGAUUCUGCAACAUAUCAGGGGUGGAGCAUCUGAAUCUGGAGAACCCUGCCCUCACCUCAACUCCCGUGUGUGGCCAGAGGUGUCUCUUCAACACGCCGCUCCAAAAAGAAACCACACCUAAGCACCAGAAAGAGAACGAUGGUUUGCGGACCCCCAAAUUUCGUAAAACUGUCAUGAUUCCAACCCCAAGGACCCCGACUCCCUUCAAAAAUGCUUUGGCUGCCCAGGAGAAAAUGCAUGGGCCACUAAAGAUGGAGCCACAGCCAUUGGCAUUUCUUGAAGAAGACAUUCGAGAAGUUCUGAAGCAGGAGACUGGAGCAGACAUCUUUAACAGAGCAGACAUCCAGCCAGACUACAGAACCUGGAAACAUAAUAUCGAUGGACCAGCCAGAAAGGUGCGAAAGUCUCUGGUGCUGGACCCCUGGGGGAAAGACUACCUAAAUGUCCAACUCUUCCAAGAGCAGCUCAACAAUGCACAAGUGCCAGAUGAAAGUCUACUGACCAACACUUCCCUGACCACACCGAUCCCCGAGCAGGAGGAUUGUAGCCAUUCUUUGACUCCAGGCCGAGAGGAGCCCUUAUUGGUCCCCAUUCAUCCUCAUCGAUUUACGAGCCCCCGGAUGAAGAAGCUUCUUGCCUCUCAGAAAGCACCGAAACACGCUGCUGUACAGGUGAGUGAGUGGGAAGCAGUGGUUUACGGGAAGACGGAGGACCAGCUGAUCAUGACAGAACAGGCCCGUCAGUACCUGAACCCAUACCCACCAUCUGGCUCUACCUCAAGGGCCCUUGUGCUUUAAAGCUGUCCCGCUGGCGCACAGGCAACAAAACUAACUACACCCGUCCAGCAACUGACACCUCCACUGAAUCCUGUAAGAGACAAUCCAGUGAAGACAAAUGAUUUUAUUUUUCUUUUGAAGCAGAAAUGCACUGCCAAGGACGUCCACAAAAAGGCACAGCUGCUGGUAUUGUUUUCAACACGUCUAGGUCACUGCCCGAGUAGUGUUUCACUCAUAGGUUUGGCCUGUAUUUACCUUAAAAUUAGGGAUGGAUCGAUUACUGGGUCUGGUAAUCAGCAUUUUUCUGAUUAUCGGUGUUACGUUGAUUUGAUUUAAAAAUGUGCUGAUGUGGUUCUUUCUCAUUCUGUAGUCACCACUUUGUGGCGUCACCCAACAUCCCAACCAUAAGACUGUUUAAGUGGUUAGACGUCACGCAUGACAGCCUAUCAGCAAUGGGUGAUCUGAAUCUUCAGAUUAACUCGUGACUAAAUUUAUCAAAUAAUUGUGUUGGAGGAAAAGGUACAAUAUUUACCUCCACACUGUAGUGAUGUGGAAAUAUAAAGUAGCAGCAGUGAAGUACAACUACUGUGAAACAGUUAUAUUCCAUCACUGGUUAUUCUAAAUGUUGGCAACGAUUUCUGCUUUUACUGCAAAUGUAUAUCAGGCCCAGGCCCAGUUCUUGAUUACACAUAUCAUUCAAUCCCAAAUAUACACAACCUGGCAAUAUGAGCAGUUUUGUACAGAUAAGAAAAGGAUAGAAUAUUUUUCUGCACUAGUCAGUAAUGUUGAAACAACCUGCACAUACAGUAGGCUGUAGGAAUAGUGUUUAUUACUAGCAGUGGCUGCUUUUGAUUUUUAUAUUGUUAAUAUAUUGUUUAAAUGACAAGAAAGGCAUUUUAUCAUGUAGCGCUACUCACUGUGUAUCUCCUCCAGCUUGUUUUGCUAAACUGCCCCCGUUGCUGUUACCAGAUAAAAACCACGUCCAUGCAAAAACCUGUAGCUGUUUCAGUGACACCGAUGUUUCGUUGGUGUUUUUUUCCCACCGUGGGUUUUUAGCGAGACGACCAGAAGAUAAAGUUAACGAAUGCUACGAAUGAAAAUUUAACACGCAAAAAUGCAUUUUCGUGGUUUUUGGUGACAGCAGUGUCACGUUGCUGAAUGCCUAUCCAUGGUGAUGUGAAGUUUUUGAGGAUGGAUGUAAGAAGCUGUCAGUAUUGCACUACUGAGUUGAUUUUGCUGCUGAGGAAGGAGCAGUGUUAUUAAGGGCAAACUGGAUAGCACUUGUGAUGGUAUCUUUUUUUUUUUUAACAACACAGCAUUUCCUUUCCAAGGCCAUAGUGUCUGUCGAGACAUCGGUUGAAUGUAUUUCAUUGCAAUGUACAUGUGAAAGAACCUCAAAAAAAUGGAAGGGUACCUUAAUGUUUAUUUCUGUUUGUUUUAUUUAUUAUCUGACAGCUCUGAAGCUUAGAUAUUAAUAUAAAUCGGACACCGUGAGUCUUUUAAGAAGUUUAACUUUGCUGACAAAAACAGCCUAAAAACCCUCACUUGCCCUAAAGCAGUCCUCCCAUACCCCUUUUCCACCAACACAGAGCAGGUUACGUUCUGGUUCACGCACCUAAUUUUGAGCAGUUCAGAUCAUGUCAACAAAAAAUACAUUUGUAUCGCAGCCUGAAAUGUUGGUUUCCGGCUGGAACCAAAAAAAAACAAAAAGCAGAUUUUCCUUAACCAGAACUGCGAACCGUGACAACAUGAGUGAGUGUGUCGCUCAUACUUCUUCAGGCUGGAAAGAGAGAAUGGAGAUUGAGAGGAAGGCCAGUCCUUUGUCCACCAAAUAGUCUUCCACAUGCUUUUAUUGUUAAUAGAUGGCCCAUAGAUGGUAAUAGUUGGUGCACAGAACAAAAGCUAACAGGUAAUCAAUGCAAUAUGCUGUCUUGCUGCUGCUGUGUCCCUCUGUUAAGCAUUGAGCGACGCCCUCCGAUGGUUGCGACUCUUCCUUCGGUUCAAAAGCUCACGUUCAAAACUUUUGGAGACGAGAGCUGGUUGGUUAGAUGAAUCCUGAUCCAGAACCAGAGCUGAUUUGGUGGAGAAGGGGUAUCUGUAACAGAAUGAAUGGUCACCGUUGCUUCGAUCAGUCGUUUCAGUGUGUCACGGUUGAUACUGACCAGUUUUCAUAUCAUCAGUAUUCUACAACAAGCAUUUGGUUGAAAAGGAUUUAAUUUUUCCGAGAAGGCUGUAGGUUUUAUUUAUUUAAUGUCUACUAAUUUAUUUAUUUCUUUUUAAAAAAAAAAAAAUGUAAUAGAACUUAUUGAAGAAUUUUAUUAUCUUUUCUCUUUCAAAAUCAGGAUUGGGCUGCCAUUCAGUUUCAUUAUUCCAAGUUAGAGGAACACGCACUGCCACUAAUUUAAGAGAAUUCCUUUUCCUGACCAGGCAAGAUCUAGCAAAUAAUCACUGUGUAGUCGAAUCUGUGAUCUCGUAACAAAUAGGUAGGACACACAUUUUUCCUUUGACUCAAAUGUGUUCUUCACUGUUAGGUAGCAGGACAUCCAUCUCCGACCUCUAAUCAUAGACAAAUUGCACUUUUUUACUCAUCAUUUGAUUUUAAAUGUUGUGUUCAUUCUGAAGAUGUAGCUUGUGUCCUUAUUUUGUUUUAUUUUUUGCUGUGUGUGUGUGUGCGUGCGUGCAUGCGUGUGUGUGUUAGACAGUCGUCUCCCCCUUUUUGUAACGAAUGCUGACAUUAAGAUCUCUGCUGCUCAGUUCAAUGUGUCAUUUUCUCCUGUUCUGCUGCAGAGUGUUGUGGUUGAAUGCACUAACACAGACCGUCCUUCACAACAAGGUCCAAAUUUGGUCCCCACUGCAGCCAGUGUCUCACUAACCUUGUAUCCUGUUGAAAUGUUCUUGAGCAAACACCAAACUCCUACCUGCUCACUCACUGUUUGACACUCUGCGUAAGAACAAAAUGUAAUGUAAAUACGCCUAAAUUUUGGUGUGAAUCUGAGGAGUUGACUACACCGAUUUUCUAUUAUCUGGUGAAGUAACACUACAGCUAGAAAUGAUCUUCUUUGUAUUAUUGGCAUUAGUGGAUCCAGUAUUAGUUAUAAUCUGGAUUAUCCUGCAUUAAGUGAGCGAGAGUAAGAAGGGAAUCUUGUCGGAGGGAUCAAGUGGAAAGAUCAGGAGUAUACAGUACACAACUCUAAAACAGAAAGUAGACUGACAUCCAUGUAAGAUGAUUUGUAUUCGAGUGGUGGCUGAGAUGUGUCUAAUCUGUAUAUAAUUGUGUUAAUUGUCCCAUAUGUCGGUUUGACUUGUGUUUUGUACAUUCCAUUUGUUAAGUGCGAGUUGACAUGUUUGUACGUUAAAGACAUUUGGCCAUGUAACAUCAUAGGUUUUGAGGGAAUUAAGUACAUAUACAGGAUAGUAGCAGCUGUUUAUAUACUACUGUAGUUAUGCAUGAGCAAUACACAAGAUGCUGGACUUUGCUUUAAUUGACGAGGUGAAUCACAGAUGUAACACUCGCUCUAUGUUUUGUAGCAUUUUCAGUUGAAAUCAUAACUGCCAACUGUUUUUGUAACCAUGUACUUAAUUUGGAAAAAAUAAACGUGUAUGUUGCAUGACA